AUUAAUUAUCGUCAUGUGAUCUUCAGGUGAUCGUGGGCGGAGUAAGAAAUGGAAAGAAAUGUUAAAGUUACCCCCAGUUGGAACUUGCUUACCUCUUAGGGACAAAAUAGAUCACACGUUUGAAUUCAUUGUUGAGCAGCAGCCGAUAGGUCACAAAUUGUUCCUCCUCUUUUGUGAGAAGGACCUGAAACUCUCUCGCUGCAUGCAGUUCCUUCACGCUGUGGACGAACUAAAGAUUGUCGUUGAGGGAAAAAGACUAGCACACGCUCAGACCGUCUUUGACGACUUUUUGUCCUUGGACUCUCCUCAGGAUCAAGCCUCAAAGUUUUUGGGUGCUGGAAAACUCGAGUGUGUCUCUGAUGAACUGGCCACUAAGACUCAAGAGAAGCUUAAAGGAAUUGUACCAGUUGAUGUAUUUGAAGAAUGCAGACAGGCUGUUCGUGAUUUCCUGAGUGGUCAGCCUCUCAUUGAUUUUGUAGAGAGUCCCUUCUACUGGAGGUUCCUCCAAUGGAAGACGCUGGAAAGGAUGAUAAUCACUAAGGAUCAUUUCCGUCAGUAUCGUGUCCUUGGUAAAGGCGGCUUUGGUUUGGUGUUUGCUUGUCAGAGCAAGUUCACCGGUAAGAUGUAUGCUCUUAAGAAGCUAGAGAAGAAACGAGUCAAGAAGAGAAAAGGAGAGAAACUGGCCCUCAAUGAGAAGGAAGUCCUGGAGAAAGUUGAUAGCAGAUUUGUGGUGACACUGGCCUAUGCCUACCAGUCCAAAGACUCUCUCUGUAUGGUUCUUACUCUCAUGAAUGGAGGAGACUUGAGGUUUCAUAUCUACAGUAUUGGGUCUCCUGGUCUGGAGCCAGAGAGGGUCGUCUUCUAUGCAGCUGAGAUAGCGUGUGGUCUUCACCACCUCCACACUGCUAGGAUCGCAUACAGGGACAUGAAGCCAGACAAUAUACUCCUGGAUGAUGCUGGUCACAUACGUAUAUCAGAUUUAGGUUUGGCGGUUCAUAUACCGGAGGGACAGUCAGUGAGAGGUAGAGUAGGCACUCCUGGAUACAUGGCUCCUGAAGUGAUUGACGGCCACAGGUAUACCUUUGCCCCCGACUGGUGGGGGAUGGGUUGCUUAAUAUAUGAAAUGAUAUGUGGACGAACCCCAUUCCGGAAGCAUAAAGAAAGGGUAUCACGAGAAGACAUAGAGAGGAGGAUAAAGGAUGAUAGGGUGUGUUUGGAUAAUUCAGCUUUCACUGAGGAUUCAAGAUCAAUCUGUGACCAAUUCUUAGAUAAGGUCCAUGCCACACGGUUAGGUUGUUGUGGGGAAAUGUUUGAAGAUGUGAAGGCUCAUCCUUUCUUCCAGACGAUAGACUUUGCUCAUUUAGAGGCCGGACUCAUACCACCACCUUUCAUACCCAAUUCCAGAGCAGUGUAUGCUAAAGAUGUGUUGGAUAUUGAUCAGUUCUCCUCAGUCAGAGGAGUAGAGAUUGAGAAAGCUGACGAAGACUUUGCUGACAAGUUUGCGACCGGAAUAGUACCCAAACCCUGGCAGGAGGAGAGCAGGAGACAGGAGAUAGAAGGAAGAAAGAAACUGCGAAAUAUCAACAAAUUGUAUUAAUAAUCCCGUGACUAGCUACAGUACAAAGGGAAGGACGCAGAAUGAUAUAGCUACGCCCGUUUGUCUUAAAAAUGGUUUGUGUCCCCAAGGAGACACUCGUGAAUGUCAUCUUCUUUGUUGUUUGUCGCCUGCUGCCAGGAGGGAGGCAGAACAAGGGAGGCAAUGAAUACAAGUACUAUCAGUGGCCAUAUUGAUUACUCAGCCACGCCCAAAAAUUAU